AUGAGCGAGAGCGCGUCGCGGUUCUCGCGCAGGAGCUUCCUCCCGCACUCUUCGUCGAGCACGAGCAGCGCUGGGGGCGGUGGCGGGAAGGACAAGGAAAGGGAGAAGGAGAAGGAGAAGGAGAAGGAGGAGGCGUACGUGCCCGACGCGAAGGACCUCAUCAAGCAGUACACGCUGCAGCACGCGGAGAGCGGGCUCGCGAGCGACUACGUGAAGCGGAAGAACGUGAUCCGGGUGCGGAUGAUGGGCGAGCAGUUCUUGCUGCAGGCCAAGGACGUCGCGGCGGUCGUCGAUUGGAUCGAGGGGAUACAGAUGGGGACGAACGUUGCGCUCGACCUGGACGAGCGUCCGAUGCCGCGGGGCCCGAUAUUCCCCAGGCGGCGGAGGCGACGUCCACGCACUGUCGAUGCUGCGAACCCUAGCAGCACGGCCGCGGCCGCGGCGGAGUCGUGA